CGUGGUCACAAUCGCUUACCUACGACUUACGUCACAGCUGUAGGCCCUCGCUAUCGUCCCUUCUCUCCUUUAUUACAAGACGAACCUUGAUCCGUAUUGCCAAGAACCCUGCAGGGAGCGAGGGCACGUGGGGCUAGAGCGAGACUGUUCUUGUGGCUAGACAGUCGUCUGGUGACAACAUUUCGCCAUAUUUCUGUCCUUCCACGAUUAGACCUCCAUGGAUCAGCUGCCGUCUGUCUUGUGUGCGUUGUAAGCCAACAAAGAUCUCCGACUUUGUCUACAGGAGAAUUACAGGAGAAUUACAGGAGAAUUAGCCCUCGGCAGACUCUUAAGCAAUGCGGAUGAGCACAUCGGAAGUCUUCCGCCCCAGCAACGGCGAGCUGCUGGUGAGAGACAACAUCGCCACCGGCGUGGACCACAGCGCAGAAUUCUUUCGCAAACGUCCGGCCACUCAGAGCGGCUACCGCUUUGGGCAGCUGAGCCACAACUCCUUCUUCACCAGACACAACCCGCACCCCAUGCGUGUGAGGCACAUGAAAGGACUUCUGGACGUCCCGAUCUGCACGGUGAACGACGAUGGCUAUUUCGCCAACCCUCGCUACUCCCUGCAGUUCCCGCCCAACAGCUUCAACAACUCCAAGCUGCAGAAGUGGAAGGGCCGCAUCCCCGUCAACGCCAUCAACAUCAACUCUCAGCUACAUCCCAUCAACACCAUCACCGGCCUGCAGUACUUCACAGGCAGCAACUACCCGUGGCGGGAACGCGCUGUACCCCGGGUGGGACUGGUUCCAGUGACUGAGACUUGGCGAGAUGAGCUUCUGCGGUUCACCCAAGCCUUAACCAACGGGGCAGACCUAACUGUCGCAGAUGUCGCUGCUAAGGACAAGAAGGCGGACGACGAACGGCCGAAGACGACAGUGUACUCGCCGGAAACGGGUCGCAUCAUCCCUCCACCUUCACGGGCGCUGUCUAGAAAUGGAGCCAGUCGGCGAGCUCAGCGAGACCGUUUCCUAGGCAACCUCCAGCACAUUGCCGCUGAGCCCGACAUGGAAAACAUGGUGUUGACCAUGCUAUGCCAGAUUCUGCAGACAGACGACGUCAACGCUAUACAAGCCUGGCUCUGUUCUGCGGGUGAGAGAGAGAAAUCUCUGGUGAUGGAUAUGAUCCGGGCAGCAGUGGCUGGGCGCGAGGAAUACUGGAAGCAGUAUCCAGCAGAGGUUAUUGAACAGAAUGAUGCUCAGAACAAGCUGCCACCCAUCAAUGGCGCCACAAAGCCAAGCUCCAGCCAUGAAGUCAACAGGCUAGUGAUAGAUGAUGGAGGCUCUCCUGCACAGCAGGUCAACCCUCUGCCUCAACCACCAGCUGUUCGUCAGGUCAUAGAGGACAAAGAUAUAGGCGUCAAACCUCAAACCAGUGAGGUGUUCCGACCACCUUCUCCUCCGAAGAAACUUCCUCAGACAGCACCUCCACAACAGCAAAAUGAGGAAGUUAAAAAGUCAUUAUCUGCUCAAGAAACUCGUUUAAAGUACACCAAGUCCCCUAUCAAAGACCUCGCAGCUGAUUUACAAAGCAUGUGGAAUCCCAGCCAGAGUGUCAACACCUUUUGAAACGUUCACCAGAAUUUGCACAACUGUAAGCAAAGAUCCUGACAAUGCAUGUGUUUUUGCUCAGACACACACAUACAUGCACAUGUGCACUGGUGAGACUUAAUCUGUGAUCAAAGACUGAGGGUCCAGAAACACAGUACUUAUGGUAGAUCUUCUGGGUGAUUAGGUUUGACAUUUCUAAACUUGAAGUGGAUUGAAGAUCUUUAGAUUUUAGAAAACUGAAUGCUGUGGCUCAUUUUGUUUUAAUAUAUCAGAACAUAAAACCAAAAAACCCACAAACACUAAGUACAUCUAAACAGUGCAUAUAACUUCAUAAAAUUUCACAUUAAAUAUAAGUUUUUGUUUGCAUUCCUUGUGUGUGAUAUUCAGUUAAAAAUGUGUUCGCUUCUAGUUUGAGGCAGAAGUGCUAUUAUGAUUAGAACUUCUUUGAGUUACACGUAAAAAUUCUCUGAGACUGAAAAUAUAAUUUUUUUUUUCAUAUGCCAGAGAAGAAUUUACCUUCAGAAAAGUGAAUUUGUAUUUGUAAAAAUCAUAUGGACUUUGCCACUGACCAGUAUUAUUUUUAAUAUAUACUCAGUCUACGGCAUUCUUUCACAUUAACAGUAUUAUAAAAGUAUUUAGCUCUCCAAAAGCAACUUAAAUGAAUGAAAUGUUUGAGUGCCACUACAAAGACGACCAGCCUGAGCUAAACUUUUUCAUAUUAAAAGUUUGCUUCCAAGACUUCAAUUUUGCCUUAAAUGUUGUGACUAUCAUUCUCAAUAAUUUUUAUCAUCAGCAUGGUACCAGAUAUUCAAAUGUUUUCCUAAUCUCUCCCCAUUUAAUCUCUCAUUGCCUUUUUCUGAAAUGGUGAUCCAUACCUUGAGUUGUCCACCACUUGUGUAUUUGCACUAGUCACUGUUCACAUCACAUCAUCAAACUGAUGCAAGAGCGCUAUUGGUCAUCAGGCAUCUUUUGCAUGUAUAUUAUGUUAAUAUUAUAAUCCAAGUGCUCAAGACACAGUUAUCAUUUGACAUUAGUGCUAGUUGGUGAUGGGGAUAAUCGGGUGGUUAUGCAAACUACAAAACUUGGGUUUUAGACAUGCUGCUCUGUUCAAAUCUUGAUGGGAGUGUAUUGGUUAUUAUCAAUGUAGUUUUCGCAGCUAACUUGUAUUCUAUUUAUGUAUAUGCUUUUUACCAGUUUUUUUCCUGUGUGUUUGCAAAUGUUUAUGGUGCAAAAAUUACAUCGUUUGAAUUCUUGAACACUAUGUGAUACUAUUCAGUAGAAAUUAUAUAUAAAUAAACUACUUGGUAUGCU